UGUCAAUCAGCUGAUUUAUUUUGAGCUAUAACAAUAACAGUAUAUAGUGCAAAAUAAAAGAAAAUUAAAUCGCUACGUUACGUUUUAUAUAAAGUAUAAUAUGUGGCUUAAAGCGUAGUAUCAAAAGUCAUAACAAAAGAAAAAACAUUUUAUACAUAGUCUGUAAGGUUAUAAUGACUGCAAAAAUUCAUAAUCGCCUACAGUUUUUACCAAAACUUUUUAUAAAAGAAAAGUAUUAUUAUUUUCAUAAAAUUCACUCUAGGACAUAUUAUAACGUCCUUUUCUUCGGUUCUGACCUAAUAUCACUUAAAAGCUUACAAAAAGUUAACCAAUUUAAAAAAAGUGAGAACCUCAUCAAGCAGUUGGAUCUGGUUACUGCAAACAGCAGUAAAAGUAAAACAAUCAUUGAAAAAUAUGCACACACAGAAAAUAUACAAUUAUUGCAAUGGCCCAAUUUGAACAUUAUAAAUAAUGAAUACGACAUAGGAAUUAUUGUAGCAUUUGGCCAUUUAAUAAAAGAUGAUGUUCUUAACAAAUUUCCUCUAGGCAUGGUCAAUGUCCACCCGAGUCUACUACCUCGAUGGCGCGGAGCAGCUCCUAUCAUUCAUACACUGCUACACGGAGAUGAAAUCGCUGGUGUCUCUCUUAUGAAAAUUAAACCCAAUAUAUUUGAUGUUGGUGAGAUAAUAAGUCAGCAAAAAGUAUCAAUUUCCAAAGACAUCAAACUACCAGAGCUUACUGACCAGUUGUCAGAUAUUGGUGCCAAUAUGCUUGUGGAGUGUUUGAGAACCUUACCCGAAUGUCUUACAAAAGCAAAACCUCAAAAUAAUGAGGGUGUUACAUAUGCAAAGAAAAUACACAAAGGGAUAAGUGAGGUCCGAUGGUCUGACAUGAGUUCUAGAGAGGUUUAUAAUUUAUACCGUGCUAUAUAUGGAUUAUAUCCACUAAGCACAAAAUUCAGAGACAAACAAAUAAAACUUUUUCAUGCAUUUUUGAUUGACAAAGAUCCUGAAUACACAAACAAAUCUGUUGGAUCUCUAGAAUACUGUGAGAAUACCAAAGCCAUUAGAAUAUUAUGUAAAGACAAAAGAUUCAUAUAUUUUAAAACGCUUAGAAUAUUAGGGAAAAGAGAAAUAUCAGCUUUAGAUUUUUAUAAUGGCUAUAUUAAAAAUGUUGCCUUAGAUAUAAGAAAAAUUGUGAUAUGUUAAAAUGUUAUAAUGAAAUACAUUGUAAAAAAAUAAAUCUUUUAUUAUUUUUACAGAACUAUUUUAAUCUUUAUAUAACUAUAAAAAUUAAAAUAGAUAUAUAGACAUUUAUUCAUUAAAAAUAUUUGUAUCAGGUACAACUAAUAUUUAGUGUAUUUUUUUCUAUCUCUUAAAU